AUGCCUGACACCCACACAAACGCCUCUUCUAGACCUACUACCAUGGCAGAGCGUACCAAAUUGGGUCUCGAAUGGGACUAUUUCUUCAGGAACAACCACUUGACUAGCGCUCGAACUGAAAAGUCCAUAUUCGAUAAGUCAUUCAAGGAGUACAAAUUGUGGGACGAGCUGAAACAGUCAGACGAAUCCUCUGGGACCGCUAAAGUGUCUGACAUGGCCCAGACAGCUUCAUAG